AUGAGAUCAGCUCGCUUUCACAGAGGGAGGUGCUGUAAGUAUUGCAUUAAGUUCAACCCUAUUAUAAAUCCAGCUUCUAAUAUCAGAUUCUUUUAGUGGAACGGUAAGAAAUUACAUUUUUGAGUAACGAAAUGAUUCUAAUGAUAUAGACAUCUAUGGGCUCAAAUCACAAGGAGGUGCGAAUUUACCGAAAGAUAAUCGACGUCGAAGCGAAGAACCUAAUGGCGCCGCGAGUACUGUAGGUCAUAUGUGUUAUCAAGAAUGAACUCCAGCUAAAUAAAAGUAGGUACUUUCAAAUGAAGAGGACCAUAAACGCAUGCGAAGAUUACAAGCUCACGCGUUCUCCGAAAAGGCUUUAAGGGCACAGGAAUUUGUACUUGAUAGUUAUGUCGAUAAGUUGAUCAAAAGUCUACGCGAAAAGGCAGCAACUCCAGCAAGCAGUGUUGUGGAUAUGGUUUUGUGGUACAAGUACGUCUCUUUCUUUUUUUUUGGUUUCGAGAUUGGUGAAAAUAAGCCGUGUCAAACAUUCAUAUUUUCUAGUAUCCACGUUCUCUACAGAUUCCAGGCUAACAUCAUUUCAGCUGUACCACUUUUGAUAUUUUAGGUGAUCUCGCCUUUGGGCAAUCGUUCGGUGGCCUAGAAGAGGGUAGUCUCCACGUAUGUUUGUUGCCACAUGAUACGUUCUUGUUAACUCACAGAAAAUAGCCAUGGAUCAAAUUAAUUUUCAACACCAUCAAAGCAGAGGCGUUUCUAGUAGCAGCACGCGAGUUUUGGAAGCCACUGGAACUUCUGGCAAUAUGGCUAUUAGCUCCAAAAGGUCUCAUGUCAGUCAAUAUGGAGCAUGCCAUGUUCGCAUACGCGAAAACAAAGGAGAGAUUGGCACAAGGGGCAUCUGAUCGACCUGAUAUUACGAGUUACAUUCUCAGGCAUAAUGACGAAAAGGGGUAAGCAACGUUAUACCAAGAAAAUGUGUGACAGACGUUAAUGGAAGAAGGAUGACAAUACCGGAGAUUGGAUCCAACGCUGCACACCUCAUUGUUGCUGGAAGUGAAACCAGUAAGUCUCAUGAGCUUUUCCUCAAAAGUGUUGCGCUUACAUGAAUUUUUCAAAGCUGCAACCUUCUUAUCUGGAAUAACAUAUAAUCUACUGCGCACUCCCGAAAUUCUUGCAAAGCUGCAAAACCUCAUCCGUAGCACAUUUGAGACUGCGGAAUCCAUCAACGUUCUCGCUUUAGGCCAACUUCCCUACCUUACUGCUGCUCUUGAAGAAGGGUUCCGCACAUGUCCUCCGGUUCCAAUCGGACUUUUUCGUCGGACGGCCUCGGAAGGAGCCAUGAUCUGCGAUCUUUUUGUGCCUGAAGGCGUGUCAGUGACAAUUCAUCACUUGGCUGCGUAUACGAGUGAACAGAACUUCGAGAAUCCUAAGCAAUUUGUGCCCGAAAGGUGGGAGAAAGAAGCAACUUUGACUGUACCUUACAAGGAUGAUGACAGAAAGGUCUUGCAGCCCUUUAGUUAUGGACCGAGAAAUUGGAUCGGAAAGAAGUGAGUUCAAAUGCUCGUCCAUCGUGUGUUGAUUUGAGAGUCACUGACCGGGAAUAAUUAGCCUUGCUUAUGCGGAAAUGCGACUCAUUCUUGCGAGGGUUCUAUGGAAUUUUGAUCUGGAGUUGAUGCCUGAGAGUAGAGAUUGGGAUAACCAGAAGACUUACGGGCUGUGGGAAAAGAAACCUAUGAUGGUGAAAUUGACCACUAGGACCGCAUAA